CCGGAGAACUGCAAAGCCACAGGUGCAGUCCACUGCAGAGAUUGGCCCUCUGAUCCAAGCUGUUGGUCAACCAAAUAGAUGAGUUGAUAACUACUAAGGUAAAUAAAACUAAGUAAAAGAUAGAUGAAUCUGCAGUAAUAUUUAUUCUGGACCUUGAGAGGAGACCAUAGUGCUGAGGAGACCAGAGUGGUGGAGCUGUUAGAGUCAUGGUGAGUGGGAAGAGGCUGGCCCGGGGGUCCCUGCUGCCCUCCUUGGUGGAGGACGGUGAUGAGGAGACAGGGUGGGAGAGAGGAGAGCUAGGAGGAGUGGGUGAAAGGCCCCCCAGCAGGGCUCCGGAGCUCCUCAGCAGAGACGGUGUGGACGACCAGUCUCUCUCUGGGCAGCAGACCGUGGCCUGGGCAGCGUGUGACUUGCGUGGGCCAGCAGGUCCUCCAGGGGAGGUGCCAGACUGCGGUGAGGAGGCGGAUGGACAGGAGGAGGCGGAGGUGACGGAGGAGGAGGAGGAGGAGGAGGAGGAGGACUAUGACACUGACUUAGAGCUGGAAGUCACAAGAGGAUCAUACGACCGAACCGGGCAGGUGUGUUACGUGGAGGCUUGUAAGCUGUUUCAGGUGGUGCCCGCCUCCUACGUCCUGCAGAACAUGCAGAGCAGCGAGCUGUCUCUGGCUCACCGCGGCCUAGGGCCCCAGGGUACGAAAGCGCUGGCGGUUCCCUUGGUAACCAACACUUCCAUCCAGAAGCUGAACAUGCGAGAUAAUUGGAUGGAGGGGAUGGGCGGAGCCGCCGUGGCAGAGAUGUUAAAAGAAAAUUGUUAUAUUACAGAGGUGGACCUGUCAGACAACCGGCUGGAGGAGCGUGGCGGGCGUGCGGUGGGCGGCAUGCUCCAAGAGAACACCACCUUGGUACGCCUGGGUCUGUCAGGGAACCUCCUGGGCCAGUGGGGGGCCCAGCACCUGUGCCGAGCUCUCACCACCAACACCAAGCUGCAGGACCUGGACCUCAGCCACAAUGGCCUGGGGGAACACUCAGGGGAGAGCUUAGGGGAGUGUCUGUCUGAGAACACCGGCUUGCGAUGGCUCAGUCUGGCGUGGAACUCCAUCAGAGGGAGAGGAGGAGUGAUGCUGGCCAGGGGCCUCGGGGCAAACAUAUUUCUCAGAGCAUUAGAUUUGUCUUUCAAUGGCUUGGGGAAGGAAGGAGCCAUUGCUCUGGGAGAGGCACUCAAAGAGAACAACACUCUGGAAGAAUUGAACAUAAGCAACAACCGUGUACCUCUUGAAGGAGCGAUCCAUCUUGCUCUGGGCCUCCGAGUCAACAAAACGCUGAAAUCUCUCAAUAUGGGACGGAACCCCAUUCAGAAUGCUGGUUGCUAUGGAUUCAUGAAGUCUUUACAGGGAAACCCACAAUCCGGAUUAGAGACCUUGGAUUUUGCUGACAUGACUGUUAACCAGGAUUUUGAAGAUUUGUAUACAAUAGUUAAAGAGACCAUCCCUAUGCUUGUUGUUAAACAUGGAGGCAAAAUAGACACAUUCAGAACAAAGAAAGCUGGAAAACCCUAAUGUUACAGUCAAACUAUAGGGUUAAACAAAAUGUAGUCUACAUUUCAUUGUCCUUGGUGGUACAAAAUAGGCUUAUUGUAACAUUGCUGUAGUUUUAACAUAAUGAAAAAUACAAUAAAUGAAUUGGUACUGCACUUGA